GCUAGGUGCGCGUUUCCUAGUGCAGGAUAACAAGACAUUUUAGUUUAACUAAAAAUAAAGACAUUUACAUAUAAAACUCAUUAAAAAAUUUAAAAAAACAACAAAAAACAGAAGAAUAAUCAUCAGGAAGUGCAACAAGGUGUGACAAAAUGGAGGAGACAUUCAUGCUGAUAUCGCUCACGAUUGUGAUGCUAGUUGGCUCAUUCCUAGCCGGAUCAAUACCGUUAUUCUUCAGUUUUUCUGAAGAAAAACUAAAGAAAAUAACAGUCUACGGUGCGGGUCUGCUCGUCGGCACCGCUUUAGCUGUGAUAAUCCCUGAAGGAGUGCGUGCGUUGACUCUGGAAGCGCCUCAUGAAGCUCCCGGAGGUGCUACGCCUGCAACCAACGCACAUUCCCAUCAACAUGCGGGUGAACACGACGAAAAAGACCCGUUGUCCGUGAUCGGAAUAAGCCUAGUCCUUGGUUUCGUCUUCAUGCUGCUCGUUGAUCAAAUCUCUCAAGGCCGCAAUGAAUCCCUGAGUCCCUCAGAGCGUAAUGUCACCGCUACAGUGGGUUUAGUAGUGCAUGCGGCUGCAGAUGGCGUUGCACUAGGUGCAGCAGCGACUACAAGUCAUGCAGAUGUCGAAAUAAUCGUCUUUCUGGCGAUUAUGCUACACAAAGCGCCGGCGGCUUUCGGAUUGGUUACCUUUCUCCUCCAUGAAGGUAUUGAACGGCAAAGGAUUCGAAGACACCUGCUGGUUUUUAGCUUCGCCGCGCCUGUUCUUACUCUCCUGACUUAUUUCUGCAUCGGCCAAGAACAGAAGGAAACCUUCAGUUCGAUAAACGGCACAGGAAUCGCCAUGUUGUUUUCAGCUGGGACUUUCUUAUACGUUGCCACCGUUCAUGUGUUGGCGGAACUGACGCAGAACACGCAUCAACAUUCCUACUCAAAGCUGCCCUCCAUGGAGGCGGCCGCCAAAGUUGGCCUCCGGCCGUUUGAACUGCUUAUUCUUGUGCUGGGAUGCCUCACGCCGCUGGUGCUGACGCUCGGACAUCAUCACUGAAAUAAACCAUGCAAGCAAUAUACAUUAUUUAAUUAAUAUAUAAAAUACUAAUAAUAAUCGGUACUUACCAUAUUGUAAUAAAUUCCAAGUAAACAAA